CACCAGCACUGGAGAGAAACUCCACGGAACAGCGAGAUUUCAAAGCUUCAAGAUGAGACCGGCCUGCGAAACACUGACCCGUGCUUUGUAAAAGAAAUCUAUCGUGAAAGUGACAGAGAUAAAGCCUGAUUGGCUAAUUAUCAUGCAGAACCUAACCGUACAGGAUCGCAUUUCUCAAGGAACAUACCGUCUCAUGCCAUUUGCUUAGAAGUGCAAUAUUCGUCAUGGAGCCAGAUAAGAGUAUAAAGGAACAAGUGUUUCUCCUCCUAUCAAGAUAAUCAUCACCAUCAACCGAGCAAGCAAGCAAGCAAAAGAUCAAAGUUCUCAAACACCACAAAACAACCAACAUAGUUGCAAAUCAACAAAACACUUCUCAUCAAGAUGUUUUCCGAAGCCAAACCACUCCCUCCCGUCAAGAGAUUCAUCACCACCCAUGACUCCAACGGAAACGCCAUCUGGGAUGAGACUAUCCCCAUUCAAGUUGAGGGGAACCGCAGCGGUGGCUUCACGACUCACGUCUCAUACGUGAACGAGGAUGACACCAACACCCUGACAGGUGACAACGACCUCAAGUCAUACAGAGAAAAUCCCACCGAGAAGGACAUUGCUCCAGCUUCUGGCUCUGCCCUUCGGGUUGUCGACUUCUGGCCUGGCUUCCCCGCUAUCAUGCAUCGGACUGCAAGUGUUGACUAUGGCAUUAUCGUUGACGGCGAGAUUGACUGUAUCCUCGACAAUGGGGCCACAAAGACCUUCCGCAGAGGUGACAUUAUCAUCCAGAGGGGAACUAAUCACGCUUGGAAGAACACUGGAACUGAAGUUUGUCGCAUCUGCUUCACCCUUUUACCUGCGCCUCCCGUCAAGAUCCGAGGCAAAGAGCUCGAGGUACACGGCUUCGCUGAUUUUCCGCGACUCGCAGAAGAAUCGACCGUCUGAGCGGGUAAACAUCACAGGAUGAGGGAGACAAAGCAAGUGCAUUAAUAAUAGUCGAUCAUGUCACACUGCUGUACACAAACCAUCGCCUGCCCAUGCAAAUACAAUUCGACUUUUGUUCUCGGUCAC